AUGGCGCCAGAAACUCAUCAACAGGAUAUAAGCCGCAACCAUGGCCCACCUAGUCCACCAUCGCCCCAUGACAGGGACCCUGGCCUAUCCUCUCAGUGCCCUGCAGGUCCCUCCUCGUUCCCCGAUGGAGUUGAAGUUCUGCACGAUUGCCACGACGCGACAGUUGACAUCUGCUUUGUUCACGGUUUGACCGGUGAUCGGGACAGCACCUGGACUGCCAAUGGACAAUCCAGACCAUGGCCCGCGACGCUGCUGCCACCCAACCUUGGCAGGGCCCGCAUCCUCACGUAUGCCUACGACGCGUAUGUCUUGCGAAAAUCACCGGCAUCGGUAAAUGCGUUGGUCGAUUAUGCCCAGAACCUCUUGAAUGACUUGACGACCGACAGAGCCUGUUCCGUCCUCGCGACCGCUAAUCUUUGUUGCCCACAGCCUGGGCGGCCUCGUAAAGAAGCCAUUCUACUCUCGCGAAACAACCCUAAUGCACACCUCCGAGGCAUAUUCGAUUGCACCAAGGCCAUCGCAUUCAUGGGCACUCCGCAUAGAGGUUCCUGGAUGGCUCACUGGGCCCGUAUACCGGCUUCGGCUCUGGGUCUCGUGAAGUCCUCGAAUAAUUCGCUGUUAAAGAGCUUGCAGACAGCUGAAGAUUACCUGCGAUCCGUUCAAGAUCGGUUCUGGUCCAUGGUACGGGAGCGGCAACAAGCCGGCCGGGAUGUCGAGGUAACAUGCUUCUCUGAGGAACUGCCUUUGCCUGUGAUCGGAUUAGUCGUUCCGAGUGACUCGGCCACGCUCGAAAGUUACAAUGCGAUCACCAUUCACGCCAAUCAUAGCAAUAUGGUCAAGUUCAGCUCCGCGGACGACAAUGGCUUCAAAAGGGUGCUGGGUGAGCUGAUUAGAUGGGAAUCACAAAUCUGGAGUUCAGCUGUCAGUCAACCAACACAAUCGAAGGGAGACACUCAACCAACUCAUCCUUUAGUAGGACCCGGAGAUCAAUUCAAUGCUCCUGGCGGUACUCAGAACAUCAGCAAAGGCAGUGGCAGCCAGUUCCCUGGGGCUAAUUUCUCUGGAUCUGUGCAAUUUGGCAAGUAA